GGGAAGAGGAAGGAAAAAAAGAGCGAGACAGCGAGGGGAAGAGAAAGAUGUCACUGGUUCUAAUUUCCCUGUCAUUUCCAGCAGGCGCCGGGCAAAGGAGCUGCUAGAACAAUGCUCAGGCGGGUGAGGUGAGGAGCAUCUUGAACAGGUGAUCAGAGAGAUCAGGCCACCUGGGCAAGCCACCUGGGAACCCCUCCCGGCCUCGGCCCAGCCUGGCACCCUAAAGACAGUGGGGCAACCAUGGCGACCAAUUUCAACGACAUCGUCAAGCAAGGCUAUGUGAAGAUGAAGAGCAGGAAGCUCGGGAUCUACCGGAGGUGCUGGCUGGUGUUCCGGAAGUCCUCCAGCAAGGGGCCCCAGCGGCUGGAGAAGUAUCCUGAUGAAAAGUCGGUGUGCCUCCGAGGCUGCCCUAAGGUGACUGAGAUCAGCAACGUCAAGUGUGUCACACGGCUCCCCAAGGAGACCAAGCGGCAGGCCGUAGCCAUCAUAUUCACUGAUGACUCAGCACGUACCUUCACCUGUGACUCAGAGCUGGAGGCGGAAGAGUGGUACAAGACACUGUCUGUGGAGUGUCUGGGGUCUCGGCUCAAUGACAUCAGUCUGGGAGAGCCAGACCUCCUGGCCCCAGGGGUACAGUGCGAGCAGACAGAUCGCUUCAAUGUCUUCCUGCUACCCUGCCCCAACCUGGAUGUGUAUGGCGAGUGCAAGCUGCAGAUCACCCACGAGAACAUCUACCUCUGGGACAUACACAACCCCCGCGUGAAGCUCGUCUCGUGGCCCCUCUGCUCCUUGCGUCGCUAUGGGCGUGAUGCUACGCGCUUUACUUUCGAGGCGGGCAGGAUGUGUGACGCUGGGGAAGGACUCUACACCUUUCAGACACAGGAGGGGGAGCAGAUUUACCAACGGGUCCACAGUGCCACCCUGGCCAUCGCUGAGCAGCACAAGAGGGUCCUGAUGGAAAUGGAGAAGAAUGUGAGGCUGCUGAACAAGGGCAUGGAACACUACUCGUAUCCCUGUACACCCACCACCAUGCUGCCCCGCAGUGCCUACUGGCACCAUAUUACAGGUUCUCAGAACAUUGCUGAAGCUUCCAGCUAUGGUGAGGGAUAUGGGGCAGCCCAGGCCAGCUCAGAAACGGACCUCCUCAACAGAUUCAUCCUGCUUAAGCCAAAGCCCAGCCAGGGGGACAACAGCGAGGCCAAGACCCCUUCCCAGUGACAGCAGGGCUGGUGGGUACUAAUGACUGUUGGGCCACUUGCAGGGCUGACUAUAGGAGUCCAUGGACAGCCUCAAGGAGCUGUGGGCCAAGGGCCUGAGGAGAGCACCGUCUGCCCCUCCUUGCCCCCAAAGGUGAGGCUGGACCUCAGCACAGGGCUGGCCACACCACCUGAGCAUGAGGGGCUAGAGCUACCGUGGGACUAUAUGCUGUUAAUGGUUUUAAUAUAUAUGGCUUAUGAUAUAUUCUGUAUUAAUGAGGUUUCCCCUCUAUCCCUCCCCACCCACACAUACACAUUUUUAAUCCCAUGACCAGGCCAUGGUCAAGGCUGUUUUUGAGUGUGAGGGCAGCCACUUCUGUCCUCAGUGGUACAGCCCUCCUGCUGCCAGGGUCAGGGGUGGGGGGACAAUCAGAACUUGAUUGUGCUGCCUGCCGGCUCUUCCUCAGCAAGACAAGACAGCAGGAGGCUGCUCAGUCCUCUGGGCCAACAGUGACACAGGAAGGACCCAAACUUCCACUGCACCAUGUGGGAGUUUCACAAAGUAGCACCUAGUUUUGAAAGGCAAUUUCUGUACUGGCUCCUUCCUGCUCAGUAGGCUGAGAAUAUGCCCUCGGGGUGGGGUGCCCAUUACCUCAGUGGCAGAGGAGGCUGGGGCCAGGCGGGAAGGCUGCAGCAGGACUGCUGUGGGGAGCACCCCUGCUGCCCCCUCUCACUGACCAGGGAUAGUGCCCCAGCAGGAGCAGCCCCUUACCCUGGGCUUGGCCACCCUGUGCCAGAUUCCAAAACCAAGACCUUUCCAUCUCCCCACAAGGUGCUGAGGCUCCCUGCUGAAAUGCAAUUAAAGCAAUUGAUUUUUUAGUGCUGGUAUUUAUUGACUGCCGUGCAGAAGGGCUAUCUUUCUAUUCAUAUCAAACUUUUCGUUGCGUGUUUUUGUUUUUUAAUACUUUAGGGUUCUGAUUUGUGGGAACAGACCUUGUAAAUAACUAGUACUCACGUUUGUGGCAGGAUGAUGAUAGAGGCCCCCUCCCAGAGGGGCCCUAGAGCCAGGGAGGUGGCACAGCCAGCCUAGCUCUGACCCAGGGAAUGACCACCCAGAGCGAUAAGCUAGUGCGCAGAGAAAAUGGGCCCAGAAGCCUUGGGAGGGAGGCAGAGCUGGCUGGCUCAGCUAGUGGCACGAUGACGCAUGAAGGAGAUUAUGUUGUGCUCUUUAUUGCCAAAAAUAAAAACUUU